UGGAGAAGGAAAAGACAACCGGGGCAACGGGAAAUUCCUGGUCCUAUAAAUGGCUUUUCCGGGAAGCAACCGACUUCCCGCGAUGCGAGGGAGCCGGAAGGACCCCUGUCCGACACUCUCAUGGGCUCAAUCCUGCUGGGUCCCAUCAGCCGCCGAUCUCUCUCCAUCUGCCGGCGAGCCUACGUCUCUCCCGACCGCUUCGGCGGCCUCCACCACCACCCCGGCAUCUUCCCGCCGCUGCCACCACCACCGCCGUAUGAUGACCACCAUCACCAUUUGAAGAGCAGCCGGAGGUGGCACGUCGGUCACUCCCACUCCCAUGGUCCAGGCGACAGCGAGGGCGUCUUCAAAUUGGGCCUCGCCGCGGACGUCGGCCUCGCUGCUGGGAAGGCCAUCACUGGAUACCUUUCCGGCAGCACGGCGAUCAUCGCCGACGCCGCGCACUCGGUUUCCGACAUUGUCCUCAGUGGACUUGCAUGGUUAUCAUUUCGGGUGGGAAGAGCUCCCAAGGACAAAGAGCAUCCAUAUGGACAUGGCAAGUUCGAGACAUUAGGUGCACUUGGAAUUUCUGGCAUGCUUUUGGCAACUGCUGGUGGUAUUGCGUGGCAUGCUGUGGAUGUUAUGCAGGAAGUGCUGACAUCUGGUUCAUAUAUAAGCAGCCAUGUGAUGCCACAAGGACUCGUGGACAACCAUGAUCAAGGAGGACAUCAUCAUGGAAUUGACAUGGAUCACCCCAUACUGGCACUAAAUAUGACAAUCAUUUCCAUUGCUGUUAAAGAAGGGCUUUAUUGGAUUACAAAAAGGGCAGGGGACAGAGAUGGGAGUGGACUUAUGAAGGCGAAUGCAUGGCAUCACCGUGCAGAUGCUAUAUCAUCAGUAAUUGCACUUGUUGGUGUAGGUGGCUCUAUUUUAGGAAUGCAUGUUUUGGAUCCUCUUGCUGGUCUUGUGGUCUCUGGAAUGAUAAUGAAAGCUGGAGUUGAAUCCGGAUACCAUAGUAUCAUGGAACUUGUGGAUGCUGGGGUCCCUCAACAUGUUUUGGCUCCUAUAAGGACUACAAUAUUACAGGUUGAAGGUGUUAGGGGAUGCCACCAUUUGAGAGGAAGGAGAGCUGGUUCUUCUCUUUAUCUUGAUGUGCACAUAGAGGUUGAUCCAUUUUUAAGUGUCAGUGCUGCCCAUAAUAUUGGUGAACUUGUCCGCCAUCAACUUCAGAAAUCCCAUAGAGAGGUUGCAGAAGUCUUUAUUCACAUAGAUCCUGCAGUUUCACAAGUUUCUCAUGCCAUCUCAAGCUUGCAACAGGAUGUGAAGGAAGGACAUAAUCAAAUUCCCUCUUCAAAUGAACAGGCCAAAGUGGAGGUCGUAGCUGAUGUCCUUUCAGAAAAAUAUUCUUUGAGGAUGACUGUGGAGCACAUUACAUACCACUCAUUGCAAGGGAGGAUUUUAGUUCAGGUUCAGGUCUCCAUGCCACCAAAUAUCCUCAUCACGGAAGCCAUGAGAAUUGCUAAAGAAGCUGAAGAAGAGAUUCUGAAAGCGGUUCCCAACAUUGCUCGUGUUAGUAUACAACUUAAUCUAGGAAACCCUAUUCCCUGUGUUCAUGAUGAAACUAAUGGUUCCAGCGGCACUUAGGGACAUGGGACAGGUGCACCUCUGGCCGGAAAAUUCUGGCCUGUUCAAAAUUUUGUUGGUAAAUUAAAAUAAAAUCCUUGGCCUCUGCCAGCAACCAAUGUAUGACGUAAUUUGGGAAAAACGAGAUUUGUCUCUCAUGUUCGACUCGUUCAUGUUCAUGUAAUUGGUAGUUCAGAAACAAUAGAGCUGAUCACCAUUUCUCUUGGUUCAAGCUUUAUUUUUGUU